AUGGACAGACGAUCUGCUCUCCUAUGGGAGUAUCAUAAUAGCGCAUCGCCGCCUCCAAAAUACGACGACGGAGCCGCUGAUAUGGACAUCCCCAGAAGUAGGUCCGGGCGAUCCACCUCCCACCGUGACCCGGACCCGCGUCUUUCUGAACCCGAGAAAAUUGAAGUCGCUGGUAGCUGGGAAGCCGUGGACUGGUCUAAGAUCGUGCAGCCUGGUUCGGGCUCGGUUCCUCUUGGACUACAAGGAUUUUUGCUCGAAGCCGAGCAUGUUAUCGUGGAGGGAUAUGGUGUGGUUCUUGUUAACACGGAUGAGGCUGGAACCUUGUUUGUAACUAAUUUUCGUCUUCUUUUUCUGAGUGAUGGUUCGCGGAGCAUCAUUGCGCUUGGCACUAUUCCGUUUGGAACAAUCGAGAAGUUCAGUAAAAUUGCUAUUAAGCUCCCAGCAGGCCCGCGCCAGUCUGACCGAAGUCCUUCUCGGCGACUUCUUCAGGUCAUUGGCAAAGACAUGAGAACGAUUGUGUUUGCUUUUCGGCCUCGUACGAAGCAGAGGCGGGCUGUUUAUGACGCAUUAUUGAGGUGUACAAGGCCAUUAAGAAUUUGGGAUCUCUAUUGUUUUGCUUGUGGUCCAUCCAGAUUCAUGAAUAGUGACCCUAAAGUACGGUUGCUGGAUGAGUACUUCCGCCUUCUUGGGCUGAGUUCAUAUCAUGCUUCAAUCAGAAUGAUUGAAGAUGGUUCGUUCACUUUGUCUAAUGAGUUAUGGAGAAUAAGCAGUGUAAAUUCAAGUUAUUCAAUGUGCCCCACCUAUCCAUUUGCUUUGUUGGUCCCUAGAUCUAUUAGUGAUGAAGAACUGCAGCAAGCUUGUAGAUUCCGUGCAAGAUGUCGGUUGCCUGCUGUUUCUUGGUGUGACCAAAAAACUGGUGCUGUGCUAGCAAGAUCAUCCCAACCUUUAGUUGGCAUAAUGAUGAAUAUGAGAAGUGAUACUGAUGAGAAGCUAGUAGCUGCAACUUGUACGCAACUUUUUGGAGUAAAGCAGCAGCGGAGGAAGCUGUAUAUUGCUGAUGCAAGGCCUCGGAAAAAUGCUCUAGCUAAUGGUGCUAUGGGAGGUGGAUCAGAGUCAUCUUCUAAUUAUUUCCAAUCAGAGGUCGUCUUUUUUGGGAUAGACAAUAUACAUGCAAUGCGGGAGAGUCUUGUUCGGCUUAGAGAAUACCUAGAUACUCACGGUGCCACAUCAUCAGACGGAAUGUCAUCAUUCUUGAGACAUGGAGGAUGGACUUGGGGAGGAGGUAAUCUUAGCAGUAUGUCUGCUUCGGUUUCAACUUUAGGAGACAGUGGUUGGCUAAUACAUGUCCAGAGUCUCUUGGCUGGUUCAGCUUGGAUUGCUGCACGAGUGGCUUUGGAGUCAGCAUCAGUUCUUGUUCAUUGUAGUGAUGGUUGGGACAGAACCACUCAGUUGGUCUCACUUGCCUGUUUGAUGCUUGAUCCAUAUUACCGGACAAUUAAAGGCUUUCAGGCACUCGUGGAGAAGGACUGGCUCGCAUUUGGUCAUCCCUUUGCAGAUCGGGCUGGAAUGCCAUCGGUGACAGUAAGUGGCAGCAUGCCCUUUGAGUUGUCUAGGCAGUCCUCCUCUGGGAGUUUUUCUGCCUCCCCCUCACGGCAAGCAUCAGGCUCAUUGACAUCACAAGCUCCACCCAAUUCGCAUGCUCAAAAUAAUUACUCGCCUAUCUUUCUGCAGUGGGUUGACUGUGUUUCACAAUUGUUACGGCUGUAUCCACUUGCCUUUGAGUUCUCCUCGGCUUUCCUGGUUGAUUUAUUGGAUGGAAUGCUUUCCUGUAGAUUUGGAAAUUUCUUGUGCAACAGUGAGAAAGAAAGAGAGCAAGCUGGUAUUUCUGACUCGUGCGGCUGUUUGUGGGUGUAUUUGGCCGACCUGAGAGCUUCAGGUGGAGGUUCGCAUAUGCAUUAUAACCCAUUUUAUGAACCCUCAAAACAUGAUGGUGCACUACUGCCACCAGCUGCUGCUUUAGCUCCUACAGUCUGGCCACAAUUCCACCUUAGAUGGUCUUGCCCCAAGGAAUCAGAGGGUGGAGAACUUGAAGCACUAUGUAGGAACAUGGUUAAAAAGUGCACAGAACUACAGAAGGAAAAAGAAGCGGUGGAAAUAAAAGUUAGAGAAACCACUGCUAUUAAGGAGUCAUUGGAUGCAGAGUUGAGAAAUGAGAGGCUGAUGAGUAGCUCAGCUAAGGAUCUGGCCAGCAGUGCCACCAGGGAGUGUGCUGCAAUAAAGCGUGCUUUACAAUCACUUGGUUGUAAAGUGAUCUUCUCCAAAGAUGGUGACUGCAUUGUUGGAAUUGAAAGCAAUUCCAUUGAAAUCCCUCAAAAAUCUGUAUAUAUAUCUGCAAAUGAGGGAUCAGCUCAUAGUGCAAACGAUAAUGAAAAAUCAGAGGCCUCUGACGUUUCCAAUCUUCCAGUUAACCAGUUUUGUGAAUCUUUGUGCCCAUUGCGCACAAGGGAGGGAGGAUGCAGAUGGCCAGAUGCUGGUUGUGCUCAGUUUGGAAGUCAAUUUGUUGGAUUAAGAGCUAAUUUUGAUGCAUUUGAUCGGCUGUCGAUAUAUGAUGGCUAUUUUCAGCCAAAGUAG